AUGAUUGCGGAAAUUCACGCUGGAAAUUUGAUCCUCUGUUACAUAUCAGUAUGCAUGGGAAAAGUUGUGUCCGUGCGGGCAAUCUUGGUGAUCGUGACAGAAAACGUUAUCGGACGGACAUAUAAUUCUGGACGUUGGACAAAUAUCAUUCUGGAUCCCGAUUCAAGCAACGAUUCCAGUGAAUUGAUUAGUAAUCGUGACAUUUCAUACCCGGGGAAACGUAACGGAGCUCUGGAAUCUCUAGAAGAAAUGCACAUCUCGCCGAGGGACUUGUAUGCGCUGAGCAACCCUUGGCAGUGGUUUUGUCCUUGUGAGACUCAGUAUGGAAUUAUGCACGUCCUGAGUCCAAGAGAUAUAAACGACAUGAAUAUCGACGCCGAGGAGUCGUACAUCCAGCAGCCGAUUCUUCCAGAAUCUCUUCGCUCAAAAUGGCAAUUAAAACCCAUAACGGUACCAGUAGCAUGCGUCGCGUCUAACGAGGGAAGAAAUAAUUAA